AUCUUUCGCAACACCAAACCCUGAUGAAUACAGCGUGUGUGCGGGUCUGGGCAUCCCACCCACGACCUGCAAGUGCAAGGUUCACCGUCUCUGAUGACAAAUUGCCCUUCGAGGUUGACUUGUGAAACAGCAGUGAACACAAACCUCACAAACAUCUACAUGUUUCCUGCUCGGCAAUUUCGCUCUCAACAUCCACAUUCAUUUUCUCAUCUCAUUCUGCAAAAUGCAGCAAUUCAUUAGAUUCAGUUCUGACCAGCUCGGUCUGGAGCGUAUUUUACGUCUAUUUCAAUCAAUCGCCCAGAUCAUACUCGGCGUGCCCUUCCUAGCCAUCACCGCUACGGCCUGGAUCAACAGCCUGCCUUCCACGGUGGCAUACUUCUCAUCCCUAGCCACCAGCGAAAAGCCCAUCGUCGCAGCAGGACCCCUCAAGGUCGCCGACACGCUCCUGCUGCUCGGCGACCUCAAGGGCAAACUAGCCCUGGCCCGGCGCACCGUCCGCCUCUUUUGGUUCCUUGGCUCCUUCCAGGCCGCCCAGCAGUUGUACUCAAACGGAGGCGGCUUGGACGUCUGGCUCGACGUCGCCUCGCGCUCCUUCAACGGCAUGUACCUGAUCCUCGAGACGGUCACGAUGCCGGACGUGGUGGGCACGCCGCACCUGCGGCUGUUCGGCCCGGCCCUGUCCGCCACGCUCAACCUCGAGGCGCAGCGCUUUUGGCUGCUUGCUCUGAUUUGCGCUUCUGCGUCCAGCUGCCUGAAGCUGCUCGCCACGUAUGGGCAGGCGGCCGUGCCUGAGACAGGGGACGGGUUCGGUGCCAAGGUCGGGGAGAAGAAGAAGGCCGGGCCUGCCGAGGACAAGGCGAAGAAGGAGGCGGCGGGGGUUGCGCUGGCCAAGGAGAGGAGUGCGAAGCGGCGCGCGCUGUUGAGGAAGCUGACGGCGGACGUUUUGGAUAUGGCUGCGCCGGGGGUUGUGGUCGGCUGGAUGGAUGUCGAUGCGGGCGCGGUCGGGAUGGCCAUGUUUGUGACUACGCUUCUGACUGGAUACGAUGUUUGGAAGAAGUUUGCUUGAGGGUGAGUUGAGGUAUAUACGAGCGAGGUCAUACUGCAUGAUACACAUAUAUAUGGGAGAGGAGCUUGUUCGACUUGCGGAGCGACUUUAUACGGGAAAUCUUCGAAUAUGAUCAAGAUUCAAGCGGCUGUAUUUUAGACGAAUGCGGACAUAUAAGCUAAUCAAUAGACGCAACAGAGUCAGGUGUCUGCUUGCACGGUGAGGAGAGACGCAGACGCAUGUAUUUGGUUCGAGACCAUAAAGUGAUAUAAUGCAAAAGAUGUUCAAGAAUAUGG